AUAAAUUUAUAACCAUUUUCAUACACUAAUGUUGGACUAUGGAGAAUGAAAAGAAUAAAAUACAAGAAAGAUAUCUUCUACAAGCAAUCGAUGAAUUAGGAAAAGGUUCAAAAUUGCUUUGGAUUGCUUUUUUUCUCAGUGUUAUAAAUUCAAUAGUGAUCGCAUUACACACAAUGUCAUAUAUCUUCUUAGUUGAAAUUCCUGAACAUUGGUGCCAUAUUCCAGAACUGUUAGAUGCUAACUGGACAAAUGAGCAAAUACAAAAUAUUUCAGCAGUGGAUAGAUGUCUGAUGUAUGACUACAAUUAUACACAUCUUGUGCACUUAGGCUAUGAAAACGCUGGAAAACAUGUUGAAGAUUUUUUAGUUAACACUAGUCUUGUUCCUUGUUCUUCCUUCGUUUUUGACAAAAGUGAAAAAUCAACAAUCGUAAAUGAAUGGAGCUUGAUUUGUGAUCGACAAUUUUACCGAGCAAGUACUUAUUUGAUCUAUACAUUUGGAAAGCUUUUGGGUCUUGGAGGAUUGGGAGUAUUCGCUGACAAGUAUGGCAGAAAAAAAGCAUUGAUAAUAGGUUUGUUUCUACAAAUGAUUGCCACACCUGUAAUUUCUGUUGUUCCCUGGUUUUGGGCAUAUCUUCUCUGUAAGCUAAUGACUGGAAUUAGCGUUGCAACAAUGUUUUCAUCGGGUUACACAAUUAUGUCAGAAAUUGCCAAUGAAAAAAAAAUGAAGCUAUUGGGAACUAUAGUAGAUACAUUUUAUUGUGUAGGAACUGGUAUUCUUAUAAUUAUAUCUUACUAUCUAACAGGUUGGCGAAAUUUACAAUUUUCAAUGUCAUUGUUCACUAUUCCAGCAAUGAUUCUUGUGUGGUUUGUAGACGAGUCUCCACGUUGGUUAAUAUCCCAAAAUCGUCUUGAAGAGGCGAAAAAAAUAAUAGAAAAGUAUCGAAAAGUAUCUAUUUCGCCGGGUCUCCUUACCGAAAGUUUACCUCUUAAAUCUCUACCGAUGAAAGAAUCUAUAGUGGCUGAAGAAAAGCAUCAAGAAAGUUGUAUGGAGCGUUAUCUUGGAAAUAUAGGAAUUUUCCUCGCUGAUCCAAUAUUUAGAAAAAAAAUACUUAUUAUGUAUUUUUCGUUCUUUGUUUGCUUGAUGACAAGCUUUUAUUUAGUUUUCAGUGUUGAUAAUUUUAAAGUAAAUCGCUAUGUGUUCAUGAUAGCAAUAGUAAUUAUUCAAACAACAUCUCUUCUCUUAAUUUCGGUAAUUCUCAGAUUUAUGAGUAGUCAGAAAACAACUAUUAUUCUUUACUGGAUCGCAUCGAUUUGCUUGCUGUCAAUGAUUGCCGUUCCCAACGACAAUGUAUAUAUGAUUUUAGGAUUGACAGUAAUAUCUAAAUUUUGUUUAAGUUCUACAUUUACAACAAAUGUAUUAUUUUCUUUGAAAUUAUUCCCAUCAAGUGUAAGAAACUCAGCUUUAGGAAGUUGUAUGUUGAUGGCCCAAGUUGGAUCAAUGUCAGCGCCAUACCUAGUGGACUUUUUUGGUAAAAUUGCAUCGUGGUCACCUUCUUUGCUUUGCGGUGGCGCACUAUUUAUCGCAGGGCUUCUUUGUUGUAUUGUCCCUGUUUAAUUAAUGAAUUGUAUUAUAAAUAAUUUUUAUAAUUUCUAUUUUUUAAAUUAUUAUUUAAAAUGAU